GUGUUCCGCGAGUACGGCUUUCCCCCUGAUCCCAUAGGAUCCCGUGUGAUCCCCCCUGAUCCCGUGUUCCGCGAGUACGGCUUUCCCCCUGAUCCCAUAGGAUCCCCCCUGAUCCCGUGUUCUGCGAGUGUUCCGCGAGUGUUCCGCGAGUACGGCUUUCCCCCCGCGGCGCAGCGCUGGAUCAUCGGGCAGAGCCUGUGCCGGGACGGGCGCAGCCUGGGCUCCUACGGCAUCCGCCGCGACGGGGACCCGGCCUUCCUCUUCCUGCUCUCCGCGCCGCCGCCGCCGGCACCGGGAAUGGCGCCGGGAGCGGCACCGGGAAUGGCACCGGGAAUGGCACCGGGAAUGGCACCGGGAGCGGCACCGGGAAUGGCACCGGGAAUGGCACCGGGAAUGGCACCGGCACCGGGAAUGGCACCGGGAAUGGCACCGGGAUUGGCACCGGGAACGGCACCGGGAAUGGCACCGGGAGCGGCACCGGGAAUGGCACCGGGAAUGGCACCGGCACCGGGAAUGGCACCGGGAAUGGCACCGGCGCCGGGAAUGGCACCGGGAAUGGCACCGGGAUCGGCGCCGGGAGCCCAGCGGCAGCGGCAGGCGCAGGAGCUGCUGCGCGCCGCGGGGCUGCACGGGGACGGGGACGGACACGGGGACGGGGACGGGGACGGGGACGGCUCACCUGGCGCAGGCCGUGUCCCCGAGGAGCCCCCGGAGCGGAUGGACAUCGGGGACAUCCAGGCUCACCUGGACUCGCUGCAGCUCUGGGAUGGCACCGGGGCCCCGCCCGCGGCCCCUGAGCCCCGCCCACCCUCACCUGAGCAGGCGGGCUGGCCGUGCCCCCGGUGCACGUUCCUGAUCAAGCCCACGCGCCCGGGCUGCGAGAUCCCGUUCCCGUUCCCGUUGCAGGCGGGCUGGCCGUGCCCCCGGUGCACGUUCCUGAACAAGCCCACGCGCCCGGGCUGCGAGAUGUGCAGCGCCCCCCGGCCCGAGGGCUACCGCGUGCCCGGGGGGCACCGGCCCGACCCCGCCGAGCUGCGGCGGCUGCAGCGGGAGCGCGACGGGGCCCGCCAGUGCCAGCAGGCGCUGGAGGCGGAGCGGCAGCGGAACUUCCAGCAGCUGCUGCGGGCGGAGCAGGCGGAGCUGGUGCCGAACCCGGAGCCGCUCGAGUGCGGGAUCUGCCUGCAGGAGGUGCCGGCGGGCCGGGCCGUGCUGCUGCGGGACUGCCUGCACAGCUUCUGCAGGGAGUGCCUGCGCCAGGUGAUCAACUUCAGCGAGGAGCCGGUGGUGGCCUGUCCCUUCCGCGAUGUCACCUACGCCUGCGGCAGCCACCUGCAGGAGCGCGAGAUCCGCGCGCUGCUGUCCCCCGAGGAGCACGCGCGGUUCCUGGCGCGGGGGCUGGCGCUGGCCGAGCGCCGCAGCCGGAACAGCUUCCACUGCCGGGGCCGGGACUGCCCGGGCUGGUGCUUCUACGAGGACGCGGUGAACGAGUUCCCGUGCCCGGUGUGCGGGGCCCUCAACUGCCUCCUCUGCAAGGCCAUCCACGAGGGCCAGAACUGCCGGCAGUACCAGGACGAGCUGCAGCUGCGGGCGCUCCACGACGCGGCGGCGCGCCAGACGCGGGACAUGCUGCAGACGCUGGUGCAGCGGGGCGAGGCCAUGCACUGCCCCACGUGCCGCAUCGUGGUGCAGAAGAAGGACGGGUGCGACUGGAUCCGCUGCACCGUGUGCCAGACCGAGAUCUGCUGGGUCACCAAGGGACCCCGAUGGGGACCGGCGGGUCCCGGGGACACCAGUGGCGGCUGUCGCUGCAACGUCAACGGGCAGAGGUGCCACCCCCGGUGCCAGAACUGCCACUGACCCCCCCCGGGACACCCCGGGGACACCUCGGGGACACCUCGGGGACACCCCCGGGACACCCCCGGGACACCCCGGGACUGACGGAGCCAGCACCGGGCCGGGGACGGCCGAGGGCGCCCGGAGAGGCCACGUCCAGCGGGGACAGAGAGAGCGGACACAGGGACAGACAGAGGGACAGGAUGGACACACGGACCGAGGAUGGACACGGGGACAGGGCCCAGGAUGGACACACGGACAGAGCUCAGGAUGGACACACGGACAGAGCUCAGGAUGGACACACGGAUAGAGCCCAGGAUGGACACACGGACAGGGCCCAGGAUGGACACACGGACAGAGCUCAGGAUGGACACACGGACAGAGCUCAGGAUGGACACACGGAUAGAGCCCAGGAUGGACACACGGACAGGGCCCAGGAUGGACACACGGACAGAGCUCAGGAUGGACACGGGGACAGGGCCCAGGAUGGACACACGGACAGAGCUCAGGAUGGACACGGGGACAGAGCCCAGGAUGGACACACGGACAGAGCUCAGGAUGGACACGGGGACAGGGCCCAGGAUGGACACACGGACAGAGCCCAGGAUGGACACACGGACCGAGGAUGGACACACAGACAGAGCUCAGGAUGGACACACGGACAGAGCUCAGGAUGGACACAUGGACCGAGGAUGGACACACGGACAGAGCCCAGGAUGGACACACGGACAGAGCUCAGGAUGGACACACGGACCGAGGAUGGACACGGGGACAGGGCCCAGGAUGGACACACGGACAGAGCUCAGGAUGGACACACGGACAGGGCCCAGGAUGGACACACGGACAGAGCUCAGGAUGGACACACGGAUAGAGCCCAGGAUGGACACACGGACCGAGGAUGGACACACAGACAGGGCCCAGGAUGGACACACGGACAGAGCUCAGGAUGGACACACGGACCGAGGAUGGACACGGGGACAGGGCCCAGGAUGGACACACGGACAGAGCUCAGGAUGGACACACGGACUGAGGAUGGACACGGGGACAGGGCCCAGGAUGGACACACGGACAGAGCUCAGGAUGGACACAUGGACCGAGGAUGGACACACGGACAGAGCCCAGGAUGGACACACGGACAGAGCUCAGGAUGGACACACGGACCGAGGAUGGACACGGGGACAGGGCCCAGGAUGGACACACGGACAGAGCUCAGGAUGGACACACGGACCGAGGAUGGACACGGGGACAGGGCCCAGGAUGGACACACGGACAGAGCUCAGGAUGGACACACGGACCGAGGAUGGACACGGGGACAGGGCCCAGGAUGGACACACGGACAGAGCUCAGGAUGGACACACGGACAGGGCCCAGGAUGGACACACGGACAGAGCUCAGGAUGGACACACGGACAGAGCUCAGGAUGGACACACGGAUAGAGCCCAGGAUGGACACACGGACAGAGCUCAGGAUGGACACACGGAUAGAGCCCAGGAUGGACACACGGACCGAGGAUGGACACACAGACAGGGCCCAGGAUGGACACACGGACAGAGCUCAGGAUGGACACACGGACCGAGGAUGGACACGGGGACAGGGCCCAGGAUGGACACACGGACAGAGCUCAGGAUGGACACACGGACCGAGGAUGGACACGGGGACAGGGCCCAGGAUGGACACACGGACAGAGCUCAGGAUGGACACACGGACAGAGCUCAGGAUGGACACACGGAUAGAGCCCAGGAUGGACACACGGACAGAGCUCAGGAUGGACACACGGACCGAGGAUGGACACACAGACAGGGCCCAGGAUGGACACACGGACAGAGCUCAGGAUGGACACGGGGACGGCCUCGGGGCGAGGAGGGGCCCCGGGACCCGUGGGGGGGCACAGCCCGGGGGGGGCCCAAUAAAGCCACUGAGUGUCA